AUUUUCAUCGUGCAUGUGCGGUUCAGGGAGCGCGCAGCAUGGCGAUCGGCGGUGCUCUGUGUCCCUUGGACACAGCGGAUCACCGAUCCACGGAAAGAGCCGAAGAUGUCGGCUCGGUCAUGUGAUCAGCUGUGUCCAAUCACAGCUGAUCACAUGGGACAUGUACACUGAUCAUCAGGGCACUGAUGAUCAGUGUGCCCUGAUGAUCAGUGUGGCCCCAGAAGUGCCACCUGUCAGUGUCCAUCAGUGCCAGCUGUCAGUGCUGAACAGUGCCACGUGCCAGUGCCCAUCAGUGCCACAUAUCAGUGCCCAUCUGAGCUGCCCUUCAGUGUCACCCAUCAGUGCCACCUAUCAAUGCCAAUCACUGCCACCUAUCAGUAGUGCCAGUCAGUGCCAUCAGUGCCAGUCAGUGCCAUCUAUCAGUGCCCAUCAGUGA